UUUCAACUUUCAACCUGGAAAAAAACGAAACUACAAUUUUGUUGUGGAGUUUAGCCUGGUCACAUUGUUGAUGAUGUGUGUGAUUGAAUGGAUGCCCUGACGAGGUGUUGCAAUUCGCACGCAAUGUGAAUGAGUGGAUAAGGGUGGUGCAUAUUGUCACAGUGACGAUCUAUAAGAACACCAGCCAUGUUUGUUUUAGUUCAAAUGAAAGAUACCGUGAGGAUUUCUCCUCAUCUGUUUCAUCUCGACAGCAUGGAUGCUAUUCGUGAAUCACUCAACGUAAAGUUUGCAAAUAAAGUUGUGUACAAUGUGGGCCUUUGCAUUGCAUUGUGGGAUAUUGAAAAAGUUGAAGACAGCUAUAUCUUUCCCGGUGAUGGAGCUACUCAUACCAAUGUUCACUUUCGUUACGUAGUUUUCAGACCUUUCGUGGAUGAAAUUCUUGUUGGCAGAAUCAAAAGCUGUAGCAAAGAUGGUCUGCAUGUAUCUGUGGGUUUCUUCGAUGAUAUUGUCAUUCCCUCGGACUCAUUGCAGCAUCCAUCAAAGUUCAACGAACAGGAACAGUUGUGGUCGUGGGAGUAUGAGGCUCCGGAUGAGGGCUCUGUAGAUUUGCCCAUGGACAUUGGAGGGGACAUCAGAUUUCGUGUCGUUGACGAAACUUUUGUUGACACGACUCCCAGCUGCCCAGAUGACACAUUGUCGAUGCCCCCACCUUCGUCUGGUCCGUCGUCUUCCACCAACCCUGUCCCAGUGUCUGAUCCCACUGCCAAGAAAGCUCCAUACACCCUCGUUGGCUCGAUCAGUGAAAUGGGUCUUGGCAUGCUCUCCUGGUGGAAGCCUGGCUGAUGACAGAUAUGCUGUGUUGUUGAGUCUCUAAAUGCUGAAUGCUGAGUGGAUGUGGUCUGAGUAGCUGAAUAUUUGUGUGAAGAGGGAUGAAGAGGAGUUAAUGAACCCAGUGGUGGAACAAGUUGAGGUGCCAGAGUUAAGUGCAGAUGAAAGGGAAAGAAAGUAUGUGUGUGUGUGUGUGUGUAUGAGUGGAGGGAGGGAGUGAUAAAAAAAGAACAUAUUUUGAAUGGAUGUUUUUUAUGCCUAUUUUAGUGCACUUUAGGUUCAUGUGCAUUUCUCAGUAUUGCCUUAUAGCUGGUGGUUGAGAAUAAAGUGGACAAUUUGAAAAUAAA